AUGGUACUGGCCAGUGACUUCUUCUCGGUUGUUGUCUCCCCGUUGGAAAGCUGGAGGGAUUGGCAAGCAGCAAGAUUUGAUGCAAAUUCGAGUCCGCAAUUCGGGCAUUUUGUAGAUGUUGGACCACUGAAAAAGUUGACCUGUUGCAGUGCACCCCUCAAGUUCCGAGCCCAUUGCGGUUCUUUCAAUAACGUUCUUUCAUCGUCUGCGUCUACAACAUCGGGUUCCAGUGGUCGAACUCGAGUGGACUCCCUCCAAACUCCUGACCCUUCCAAAAUAACUGAAGGGAAGGUCAUAACUUUGACCACAGGUCUCAUGUCCCUCGAGCCCCCCUCCCUGCGCUCAGAGACCUCCUCUCCGGUUUCAACCCAUUCUGAUGCCAAUUCACUUAUUGGCAGCACUCGCAGUUCCCGGCGUGGAAUGCGACCUGCAAGCAGGAGUCACCCAUACCUGCAUCGUGGUGCUCCUAGUACCCAACUGGAGCUGCGCUUUGCCCUGAAGGGAAUCCGAGGAACCCCUGACAUCAAACUUACUGAUGCCAUAAAGGGGCGGGAUAUUUUCUUGCGUGGUCUCUCGUCUUUGUCAAGUGACACGAUAACGUUGGCAGCACACGCCAAACAUGCUGCGCGAGAAAACCACCGUCACAAGGUCAAGCAACUCGGUUGGGAGAUCCAAGAGGUAGAAUACAACAAGCUACUCCUCAAAGCAUUUGAGCGGAAGGAGAAGAAGCGACUGAAAAUGGCAGAGUCGGAUUAUCGCCUCUUCGAGAAGCUCUUAGUGGGACGAGAUCUUCCGGCUCUACAGCAGGAUGCUGAAUACCUGGAGGAAUCGCACGAUUCUGAGCUCGAUUCCCUAGCUACGGCUGAUGAGCAGCUCUAUCAAAUUUCAUCUGUAUCACCACUCGCAACAAAAUAUGUCUCUCACAGGCUUCCAAACAGUAGUGACACGGAGUAUGAGCAAGAUGAGGAGGAGGCUGACAAUGGGGAACGAUCCGACGAUUCCGAUUAUUCUGACGCCGAAUUGGAAGCAAGAUCUACUGGUAGGCGAAAGCCCAACGCUGCAAGGAAGGGUUUUCGGCCAGGGAUUCACUCGGACCUUAAUCCCAGUGGCCAGUCGGUCGCCAAUCAACUCGCCUUACCUGCCUCAACACCAAGCUCCGCUCAUGCACCAUCAGCAACCCCCGGCCAUGCACCAUCAGCACCCCCUGGUCAUGCACCAUCAGCAACCCCCGCCCAUGCAUCAUCAGCAGCACCCGCCCAUGCACCAUCAGCACCCGCCCAUGCACCAUCAGCAAAACCCACUCAUGCACCAUCAGCAACCCCCGCCCAUGCACCAUCAGCAACCCCACCCAUGCACCAUCAGCAACCCCUGCCCAUGCACCAUCGGGACGAGGAUAGAGCACUAGCCGACGCAUAUGCUGGCGCAUUUGCCCUCCUCCACGAACCAUCGUCAAGGCAGCCAUCACAACCAGAUUUGGUCGGAAAUGGGUCUUUGGCCCCAUGGGGGGCCGCGCGGCUUGUCGCUCUGGCCCCCCUUCACUUGGGAGAGAACAUCCGUGGGGAGAGAACCCAGGGUGUUAUUCGAACUCAAAAACAUGUCUCCGACAGCGGGAGACGACGACGUAAUGUGAGACUUCCUCCCACGCCAGAGCUACUGUCAGCUGAUCCUGCCGCUGCACCUGAUUUGCCCGAGGGGUCUGGGUCAAUUGUGGACCCGCCCAUUUCGACUCGCAUAAAGCUCUCGACGAAAUCAGCCCGAAAGUUGAAAGAAACCGCAAAGAGUAAGCUUCGGGCGCUUCUACUGAACGUGGAUGCGGAAACAGAUGGUGCCCCGAAUGAUGAGCUUCGCGAUAAGAUGAUACGCAAUGCGUUGCAAGCCACGAAAAUUGAACAAUUUGGUCAAGCGGAAAUCGAGGAUAUCAAGGGUAUCAACAAUUUUAUGGUGGCCGCAAUAGCAGAUAUGCGACGCGGGUUCAAAGCUUACGCGAUGAAAACAGUUCCAGUUGGCUAUGGUCUGCGCCUGCCACUGUUUUCGGAACAGGAUGAGUCAGCGCAUGGGCGAGAUAGAAGCAUGGGUGACACGGAGGUUCGACGAUUACUGGAGAACGAAGUUCUCAUCAACAUGGUCAUGACCUUUUGAAAGACGGAUUAUUGGACAUUGUAAAGGGCCCACUCGAUCGUUUGUUCGCAGCAUGUGGCGCAACAAUCCGCUGCGUGCUAUAUGCCCAUCGUACUGGUC